GCAGGUGCAGUCAGUUCCACCGCAGCUAGAGCUCCGAGUGGCCGUCUGGAAGCGGAGCUCGGCGGUGCGGUCGGCUUCACCGCAGUGUUUCCCGGCCGGGUGUCUCGCCGCAGCCUCGGGAGAGGAGACGGACCUCUCCUCCUUCUGUCAGAGACAUGUCUGCGGCAGCUCAGCCACCCACCGAAGGGGCAGAAGGGGCUGCCCCAGGUGGGGGUCCCCCUGGCCCUCCUCCUAAUUUGACCAGUAACAGACGACUACAGCAGACCCAGGCACAAGUGGAGGAGGUGGUGGACAUCAUGCGUGUAAAUGUGGACAAGGUCCUGGAGAGGGACCAGAAGCUGUCAGAGCUGGAUGACAGAGCCGACGCUUUGCAGGCGGGCGCAUCACAAUUUGAGAGCAGCGCUGCCAAGCUAAAGAGGAAGUAUUGGUGGAAGAACUGCAAGAUGAUGAUCAUGCUGGGAGCCAUCUGUGCCAUCAUCGUGGUAGUUAUUGUAAGACUGUGGGGGAAGGUCGUGGCUCCUGUUCUGAGCAAGUGGGCUGUGCUUCUUCUCACUGGCUUGGGUCAGAGGGAGACCGUGGGGAUGGGACACCUACAACUACACCUGAAUGUCCAGUAACCUGAUGUAAUUUGCCCUCUUGUUUUCUCCUCUUUCUCUUUUCCAUCUGGGACUUCCUGACUCCUGUGUCCAGUCUACUUUUUUGCUUGAGAAUGUGCCGCCCCUUCCCUGUUCUCCAUUGCCAUCCAAACUCAUGUCCCUGUCCUGCUGUUUCUCCCCAGAACUUCCCCAUCUGCCUUCCUCCAUCCCAGCCCUGCUUCUCCAUCGCCCACUCCUCCCCUUGUGUUGCUUUCAUUUGCGCUCUGUCCUGCGACACUGGAAAUGCUGCUUGUGGUGCAGUCUUGAAUUAACUACCCGAAGAACAACAGCUGGGAUCUCCUUCCUACCCUCUCAUGUUCUCUCAGGUUCCCCCAAAGACAAAAGGAGUUGGAGGCCAAGGGAUGGGGAAAGGGGCGUAGCUGAGGUGACGUGCUCAAGAAGGGGCCAAGACUGGGACGAGGAGAAGAGUGUUGUGCCCAUGGUGUUGCCAGAAAAGGCUAGGCUGCUGGCCGGAGGAGGCUGGGAGCAGCUGGGAGGAUGCCCCCUCACCUCUCCUGUGCCAGGCCUGCAGAGGAGCCUGAGCCAGGCCCAAAGUCCAGCUUGGUCCUGGUGCAGGACUCUUUAAGAAAGUCAAACCUGUUUUUCACAGUUAUUUCCCAUCUGUUAGUCCAAGAUCUAUGUCUUCAGGGAUCUUACAACCUUUUACUUUGUCCUCCAGAGACCUGGAGAACACGUAUUAAUAGCAAAAAUAUCAGGACUCUCGUUCCCAUCCUAGAAACAGUCCCACAAGCUCAUACCUGGAAGGGGCUCUUGUCCACGUUUUCUACAGCAUUCUGUAUUGCUCGUGAAGGCAUCAAAUAAUUUCAUUUAGCCAAAGUUUGAGCCUCUCAAUUUUAGUUACUGGCAUAGAUAAUGAGAGAAUGCCCGUUAGUUAUAGAGAAACAGCGAGUCAAGGGCCUCAUCUGAAAAUACCAAGCUUGGAGGAAGCCACUUCUCACCCUCUUGUUACAAGCGUCCUGUACCUCCCUUGCUGUUGGUGGAGGAGGAUGAGAUGUCGGAGGGUAGGAGCCCCGGACCCUCUGGGAGCCCUUCCCCCGACACCACCCCCGUGUACUUGCCAAGGGCAGGGCUGAAGAGAGAGGCCCUUCCUGAGGCCCGGCCGCUCCUGAGCGGUGGGAGUCCGGUGCCCCCGCCAGCCUUGGGGCGGACGUGGAGCCGUCAGCAGAUGGGCCUGCUUGUUGACUGCUGUGCCACCACGGCGCCUUCUCGUCUGGAGCGGCCCCUCUGUUCUUCCAGCAGUACGUUCCCCUUCCAAAGCACCCCUGAAUUCCCUUUGCCUUCCUCCUCUUUGCAUGGUUUGUGGCACAGACAGUGGGACCUGGGGAUGGAGCUGCUCAGCCUGUCUCGGGGGCCAGUGCUGGGUUUCAGGAAAGGGCACUCGGUGGGACAGACCCCGGUGAGAGGGGAGGAGGGCCGGCUGGAAACAGAACGGGGACCGCCCCACGUUCCUUCGUUCCUUCCGUCCACCAGUCCACCAGCAGGAGGCGGCUGGGCCAGGCUCGCUUUCCACGCAGCAGCAUUUCGUUCCGCAAAACCAUCCUUCCUCUCCCUUCGCCCUGUUCCCACAUUCCCUUCGUCCUGCCCCAGGGCGGGACGGAAGAGCUGGACGAAGGCAGUCUCUGUACCCUCCUAACGGCCAGAGGCCCCUCGAAGGCCUCCACCCUCCUCUGGGCUCCCCUUGCCUAAUGCAGGGGGUCACCGCUGGAGAAGAACCACCACUGUCCUCGAUGUGUCCCAAGCCUGGAGCAAAUCCGCCCUCUUGGCCCGCCCCGUCACAGGAAUCACUUCUGCGUUUCUGUGCCAUCUGUCCCAGGUGUAGUUGGCUUUGCUCUUCUGGGGACGGUAGCCCUUCUACUCUCUUUCUCACCCUGCCCUGUACCCCCCUCUUCUGUGUCUUUGCCGCCCCCCUUCCCUCCCACCACCCAUGUGCAUGAGCAAAUAUGCAACUAAGCCUGGGGCUUGGCAGUCACGCGAGGCCGGGUCUCCUCGGCCCCUCUUGGGUUUGCCGUGGGACGAUGUGGCGUCCCCACUGUGUCUGUCAUCACCUCUCUGUCUUUUUUUCUAACCCCAAUCUCCUACUUGUACAGAAAUAACAGCUGUACUUCCACCAAAGGCAUGUGGCGUAUUUACCAAUUUCCUGUAUUCUGAACAAAGGCAAAACAACAAUACAACUUCCUACCACUAAA